CCCUGAGUGGAUGAGCCAAUAGCAACGUGAUUUGUGGUUCAAAUGACGAGCGUGGCGCGACCGUUGGAGGCUGAAUAGUGGAUGAUUUUAGCUGUUGAUCCUAACCCGGGGUCUAAUAUGUAUCUCACAACCCUAGUUAAUCCAGAAUGGCUACUGUGAUCUUUGUGGAUAAGGAAAAUGGAGAACCCGGCACCCGUGUGGCUCCUAAGGACCGGCUGAAGCUGGGGUCUGGGCCUUCAGUCAAAGCUUUAGAUGGGAGAUCUCAGGAUUCAACACCACGCGUUGGCAAAAUGUUUGAUGCUCCACCAGCCUUACCUAGAGCUGCCAGAAAGGCUCUGGGAACUGUCAACAGAGCUACAGAAAAGUCAGUAAAGACGAAUGGACCUCUCAAACAGAAGCAGACAACCUUCUCUGCCAAAAAGGUGACGGAGAAGACCGUUAAAGCAAAAAGCUCUGCUCCUGCCUCGGAUGACACCUAUCCAGAAAUAGAAAAAUUCUUUCCCUUCAAUCCUCUCGGUAGUAUCGUUCGGUAUUACAAAAAUGCUUUAGCCUUGAGUUUCUCUUAGG